AUGUUUGGCAAGGCUGACGACCCGAAUGUAGCAAUGGUUUCAGCGCCUGCAAUUGAAGGCGUUGACCAUAAUGGUCUUGUAGUGGGCAAGUGGAAGAACGGACUCUUUGCCAGCUGCUCCAAAAACUGCGUCCCAAACGCCGUCACGCCGCUAUUAUGUCCGGGAAUUUCCAUGGCGCAGAUCUGCUCACGUUUAGGCCUCGCUAAUUUCUUUUCGGUUCUGUUUUCGUACCUGUCGGUCGACGGUCUUGUUGUCACAGCAGUGGCAACUAAAAUAGAUGUAGUGAGCACACUCGCCGUCAUUAUGGGUGUGCUAGUAUGGCUCUUCACUAUCCGCAUUCGCUUUCGAAUGCGCUACCUUUUCUCCAUUCCAGGGUCGAUAUUGGAAGAUAUCUUCACUUCCGCUUUUUGCUGCUGUUGCUCCAUCGCGCAGAUGGCUGACCACGCUGAGUCGUUUGAGAUCAACACCUUUGCAGUUUUGCCGAGAGCAACGCUGCCGGGUUAUACCUUUGGAUAA